AUGCGCGUACGCCUCUCGUUUGGCACGACCACCGUCGUGCUCGCGCUAGCCAGCUUGGUAUCUGCGCAGCUGGGAUCUACAUGCACCACUCCUCUCGGAGCGGGCACGUCAGGCCCAAACGACCCGUUCUGGAGGGAAACCAUCAAGCAUCAGGGCAGGUCGCCUUUCAACCCAAAUCCGAACGGAUAUGUCGUUUUUCGAAACGUGAAGGAUUUUGGAGCGGUCGGCAACGGUGUGGCUGACGACACCGCAGCCAUCAAUGCUGCUAUCACAUCAGGCGGACGAUGCGGUGGAGGAGGUUGCCGCUCUUCGACUGUCUCCCCCGCCAUCGUGUACUUUCCGAGAGGGACGUACCUUGUCUCCGCACCGAUUGUACCCUACUAUUAUACCCAGCUUAUCGGAGAUGCGAAGAAUCCUCCCACUUUGCUUGCUGCCGCAUCGUUUGAUGGAAUGGCCGUGAUAGACGCCAAUCCAUACAUUCCGGGAGGCAACGGUGCUCAAUACUGGACGAAUCAGAACAAUUUCCACCGUUCCGUUAGGAAUUUUGUGAUCGAUGUUCGACGAGUUCCACCAGAGAGGCCGCAAGGAACGGGCAUCCACUGGCAGGUCGCUCAGGCAACCUCUCUCAUUAACAUCGUCUACUACAUGUCUGACGCCCCGAAUACGGCCCAUCAAGGCAUUUGGAUGGAAAAUGGGAGCGGUGGCUUCAUGGGUGAUAUGGUAUUCAAUGGAGGGAAAUUCGGUAUAUGGGGCGGAAACCAGCAAUUUACUGUCAGAAAUAUAACUAUCAACAACGCCCAGACGUGCAUUUAUAGUUCAUGGAACUGGGGUUGGACCUACCAGGGUCUCACGUUCAAUAAUUGCCAGAUUGGCUUUGAUAUCGCUACCGGUGGCUUAACCGAAGCGACGCAGACAACUGGCGCACUGGCCAUUAUUGAUGCUGUCAUCACCAACGUUCCUAUCUUCAUCCGAAACUCGCACCCCAGCAAUAAUGCUCUCGCCGGCUCCCUCGUCUUGAACAAUGUGCGCCUCAACAACGUCCCAGUUGCUGUUGGCGUCGUCGGCGGCGCUGUCGCACUCAAUGGAGGCACUACCACCAUCACGUCAUGGGGCCAAGGGAACGUCUACAGAGGAACAAACCCUGGUGGUCUCUUCACGAAAGGAAACAUCCCAGCCCCAAUGAAACCGGCCAGUCUUCUCGACAGUGCAGGACGUAUCGUCUCUAGGACACACCCGCAGUACGAAGCUUAUGCUGUCAGCCAAUUCGUCAGCGUGAAGGACAACGGCGCCAGAGGAGACGGUGUUACGGACGAUACUGCUGCGUUGAGGGAUAUUUUCGCCAAGUAUUCGGGCUGCAAGAUCAUCUUCUUUGACGCUGGGACAUAUGUUGUGACCGACACAUUGACGAUCCCAGCUGGCACACGGAUGGUCGGGGAGGCGUGGACGAUACUUGCUGGACGUGGACCAUCGUUCCAAGACCAGAACAAUCCAAAGGUCAUGUUCAGAGUCGGCGAAGCGGGUUCUCAAGGCAUCAUGGAAAUCACCGAUAUCGUGUUUACGACAAUUGGUCCUGCUGGUGGUGCAAUUGUCGUGGAAUGGAACGUCAAGGAGCCUGCAGGUGUUAAAGCUGGUGCAGGAAUGUGGGAUUCCCACAUUAGAACCGCCGGCGCCGCAGGAACGAAUCUCGAAGCCGAUCGCUGCCCAACAAGUGGCGCUGGAGGGUUCGCUGCAUGUUCGGCCGCUUUUAUGAGCCUGCAUCUUACUCCACAAUCGACCGCCUAUCUCGAGGGAACGUGGGUGUGGCUAUCUGACCACGACUUGGAUCUCCCUGGAGAGCGUCGCAUUUCCGUGUAUUCAGGAAGGGGUAUUCUUUCGGAAUCACAAGGACCCGUUUGGUUGAUCGGUACAGGUACGUCGAUGUUCCUCUCUCCUACACAAGAGUUCCGUGCUCAUGCCUUCCUCAUAGGCUCUGAACAUCACACCAUUUACCAAUACAAUCUGGUCAAUGCUGCAAAUCAUUACAUGGGACUCAUCCAGACCGAAUCGCCGUAUUUCCAACCUAACCCAGUCUCACCCACUCCUUUCAGCAUAAACGCCGCCUACAAAGACCCUACACCCUACUCGCCCAAUCCUUCUGCUUGGGCUCUCCAUAUCAAGACCUCGAGGAAUAUCCUCAUCUUCGGUGCAGGGUUAUAUAGCUUCUUCACUAACUACGCUCAAACUUGCCUUGCCACAAGUACCUGCCAAUCUCAACUCGCGAACAUCGACAGCCUCAGUGCGUCGACUGGUAUCAACAUCUACAGUUUGUCGACAGUUGGGACAACAUAUCAAAUAAGCGUGAACUCUGGAGGAAUUGUCAAUCAGGCAAGUAACGUCAAUGGGUUUGCUUCAACUCUUACAAGUUGGAGCCCAAAUUGA